AUGAUUAUUGCUGAUGAUAAUUCUGAUGGAAUUGCUUCCUUGAAGUUUGAGUUAGCUUGUUGUUUGGCUAUGAAAGAUUUGAGUAUACUACGCUACUUUCUAGGCAUUGAGGUUGCUUAUUCCCCAAAAAGUUAUCUUUUACUUCAAUCAAAGUAUAUAUCUAAUCUAUUUGAGUGUGCUCGUCUUACUAAUAAUAGAAUUGUUGAUACUCCUAUUGAGACUAAUGUUCGAUAUGCUCCAUCUGAUCGUCCACCUUUGCUAGAUCCUAGUUUGUUUAGAACUAUUGUUGGAAGCCUGGUUUAUUUUACCGUGACUCGUCCAGAUAUUGUGUAUGCUGUUUAUGUGGUUAGUCAAUUUAUCGCUGCACCAAUAAUUGUUCAUUGGGUUAUUGUUCUUCAUAUUCUCAGGUAUCUUCAGAGCACUCAAUUUCAAAACCUUUUAUUUCCUUCUACUUCAUAUCUGGAGCUGCGUGCAUAUUCUGAUGUUAAUUGGGAUGAUGAUCCUAUGGAUUACAAAUCUACAACUGGUUUCUGUGUUUUUCUUGGUGACUCCCUCAUUCUUUUGAAGAGUAAAAAACAAGAUGUUAUUUCUAGAUCUUACAUAAAAACUGAGUAUAAUGUCAUGACCUCAACUACUUGUAAGAUAGUUUGGUUGCGUUCGUUGCUUACAGAUAUGUGUAUCUCUCUUCAUCAACCUACUCUGUUAUAUUAUGAUAAUCAGAGUGUUAUUCGAAUUGCACGUAAUUCAGUUUUUCAUAAGCCGACGAAACAUAUUAAAAUUGAUUAUGACAUUACUCGUUAUCAUCUUCAGAUUAUUACCAUCAUAUUAUCUUUUGUUUCUUGA